CAUCAACGAAACUAAAAAAAAAAAAAAAAAAGCUCCAUUUUAAUUCCGAAAUGCUGAAACUAGAAGAAGAAAAUUGAUAUGGAAGUGGGAACCUUCUUCUCACCCGUUUCACUCUCUCCUCAUAUACGUCCCUCUCGUCGUUCUUUCCAAAGCUUUUCUUAUCCUUCGAUUAGGUAUUCAUUGGAUUUACAGCAAAAGAAGAAUGGAAGUUACAAAGGACCAAAACCUAAACGAGAUUGGUUGGGAGAUUGGGUUUCUAGAAAUGAUGAUGCUGUGAGAAGUUUGCCCAUUUAUGUCGGAGGUUUUUCUCUUUUGGCUGUUCUCUUCAAUCGUACUGUUUCAGGUAUCGCCCCUGUUGCUGAUGCUGGCAGUUCACAGUCAAGAGCGGACCUAUUGGCUCUUGGUUUGGCUGUUACCAAUGUUCUCACUGGACUGGUGUGGUUGUCGAUACGACCAAAGUCUAUAUAUGUGGUAAAUCCUCAAGGUGUAGAAUGCCAAAAUAUACGUUCUGAUCUUCCUACUUUUCUGGUUUCUGAGUUACUAUGGCUGUGGGAUUCCCUGUCAGCCGUGACAUGCUGCAGAUCCUUGAUAGUUGUUUACGAAGGCAGUUGCCUUUUACAAAUUGGGGUCGCAGCUGAGUCUGCCUCUGGUGAGGGCCUUGCCAUGUCUGUGGACGCCACUGCAUUGAUGGAAGGGUCACUUUAUAAAGGUGCAAUGAAAUCUGGAACACAAAGUUACUUGGCCAAUCUUUCCCUCUAUCCUGGGAGGUCGCAGUUGCCAUUUUUACCUGGAAACACUCAGGCAGUCAUUUUGCAACCUUUUGGAAAUAAAGGGAUUGCAAUUGUUGGCGGGAACAUGGUUAGAGGCUUCACAACUUCUGAUCAGGCAUGGAUUACUCUAAUAGCUGAAAAACUGGAUGCCACGCUUUCCGCUUAUUUUACCAUGUCAGUGCAAGAAGCAGUUGAAAGCUGAUCACGCUUAGAGGAAAAACAAUAAAUGAAUAGAUGCAGCUUAAUGUUUCAUGUUCAUACCUUCACCAUAGAGAUAAAACUGAAAUCAUUGAUAGGAUUUGUAGCUUAAUUAUUGUAGCUAUCACAACUGUAGAACACUCAUUAACGAGAGAACACAUUUGUAUACAACGUACGUGAUGUCUUGAGCACCUUUUUCCUUUUAAGGAAUCUGGAGUGCUGCUUGUACAGUUGUGUUUUUCUUGUAGUUAGAGAGUGUUUUUGAUGCAGGGCAUAUUGAUACAGAGGAAAAGCCAACCGAUGUAAAACAAAAACAAUCUUGAACUAUUUUCCCUCCGAAAGGUUCGGUAUCCCCUUGAUGAAUUGUGAUCUUUAGACUUGGGGUAUAUUGAGGUAUGAUUGGUUGACAC